GAAAUUGCUUUAAAGAAUACUCAAGACCUGCAUAUACCACGGUCGCCAGAAUACUACUUCUGUCUUGUCAGAGAUCUAGAAAUGUUGGGUUGGACUAAAGUCGCAUAUGUGGAUACUGGUCUUACCACAGUCAAGCUAAAAGCUGAAGACACUUGUGGUCGACAACAUCUCAUCACUCUCACGUUAAAUGCAAAGUAUCCAACAGAACCGCCGGAUUGCUUUGUGGAUUUUCCUGUUCCGUUUGCGAUUUCUUGGAUGCCACAGAACUCCUUAAUAGACAUUUAUAAUCAGUUCCUGGCAGCAUUAGAAUCGCUGAAAGAAUUCUGGGAUGCCAUGGAUGAAAUUGAUGGGAAGACAUGGGUGCUUGAGCCAGAAAGUCCCACACGGAGUGCUACAACAAGAAGAAUUGCAAUAGGGAACAAUGUCUCAGUGAACGUAGAGGUAGAUCCUCUGCAUCCGAACAUGCUCCCUGAGUGUUAUUUUCUUGGAGCAGAUCACGUGGUUAACCCUUUGAGAAUUAAGCUGAACAACAAUAUGCACUUAUGGGAUCCAGAAAUCAGUUUACUACAAAACUUGAAAGACCUCUUAGAAAUUGAUUUUCCAUCUUGUGCUGUGUUAGAAAAAAGUGAUUUUGCUAAGGACUGUGGAAUCUGCUAUGCCUAUCGACUCGAUGGUGCUACUCCUGAUCAAGUGUGUGACGAUCCCCGCUGCGGACAACCUUUUCAUCAGGCUUGCCUGUAUGAGUGGCUACAAGGUCUUCCUUCCAGCAGACAAAGUUUUAAUGUCAUCUUUGGUGAAUGUCCAUACUGCAAUAAGCCCCUGACCCUGAAAUCUUCAAUCAAGAAACUUUGA